AUCCUUUGGGACGACCUGUCGAUUUUUGCAGGAAGGGAGACAGGUGGAACCAAUGAUAACAAGACAAACACUUCAUUAAAACCUGUUCAAGCUUCCCUCGAAUUCCCGCGCGUUCCGUUAGCGGACCAAUUAUCUCGCGAGAAGAAGAGUCCUCACAAGACUCAAACUUCCUCCCUGUAACGCCGAGGUUCUGUUGGUAAACUAAAUUCCGGGGUGCAGUGGGAGCUCUGUGGCGCCGCCUCAAAUCCCUCAGAAGUAAACCCCUAUUCCCCUCCGAGAGCCAGGCCUUCGACCGCUAUGGAAGGACACCAAGGGCAAGGAAGUCAUGCUACCCUAGCACUCGCCCAGGCUCAUUUUGACAAGGGGGAGUACGCGGAGGCCGAGGCGCUGUACUCCGCUUAUAUUCGCCAGGGCGCUGGUGCAGCCCCCGUCGGCGCGCAUCCGGGGAGCAAAUGCAUCCCUGAGGAUUUGGCUACUGCGUAUAACAACAGAGGGCAAAUCAAGUACUUGAGGGUUGAUUUUUUUGAAGCCAUGGAUGACUACACAUCUGCCAUAGAAGUUCAACCCAGUUUUGAAGUUCCAUAUUACAACAGAGGGUUGAUACUGUAUAGGCUGGGAUAUUUCGAUGAUGCUUUGAAAGAUUUCAAGAAAGUACUAGACUUAAAUCCUGGAUUUCAAGAUGCUAUUUUGAGCUUAAAACAGACUAUUUUAGACAAAGAAGAAAAACAAAGAAGAAAUACUGAAAAAAAUUAUUGAAAUUUUUAACUCAGUUGAAAUGUUAAUUCAUGAUCUUUACAUCUGCGUCUAGGGGCUCUAAUUUAGAAUAGCUACUUUGAUUUAUAUUUAAGAUAAAAAGAUUCAUGCAUUGGUACUGAGAGUUCAUGUAUUUAAAGUUGUUAAUUUCAGGUCGAGAAACUGUUGAAUGUAAAUAAGUAAUAUUAAUGUAUAAUUGCAUAUAAUUAUAGUAAAAUAUUUAAAGAAAUGUAUGGUAUUUUCUUCAGUGGAACAUUUUAAUUUUUUAAUUCCCAACUUAUAAUUAAAAAUUUUUCAUCUAUAGAACAGUUGUAAGAAUAAUACAGUCAACAUCUAUAAGUUCUUCACUUGGAUUCAUUAGUUGUUAACAUUGUGCCACGUUUGUUUCUCCUCUACAUCUAAAAUUAAUACAUUUUGCUGAACCACUUCAUAAUAAGAUAAACAUCACAAUACUUCACCCCUAAGUGUUUCAGCCUGUCCCUUCCAAGAAUAAAAAGCAUCCUUGUUAUAACCACAAUAUUAUUAUAAUACCUAAUAUGAAUUAAAGUGUCACAAAGCCCUCCAUAUCCAGUCCAAAUUAGAUUUACCAAAUUAUUCCCAAAAUGUGUAGAUUUUUAUUUCGGAGUCUAUAACCAAUCAGGUUUCAUUGCAUUGUGUUAUGUCUCUGAUUUCUUUUAAUCUAGAAUCAUUCAUCCCCUGCUCAUUUUUUCCCCAUUCCACUUGCUUUGAGAGUAAAGCCGUUUUUAUGUGACCAAGAUACACAGACAUUUUGGGCUUAAAAAUAAAGAUAUGUCCUGCAGGAGAGCAGUUUGAAAGAACUCAACUUAUACUUAGUUUUCUCUAGAAAUCAUUGAUAAGACAUUAGAAUUUUAAAUAUUGCACAUACCUUUCUGUCUCUGGAUAAUGACCAUAAUUAUUGUCAUCAACUUUUACUAAAUACUUACUAUAUAAGCAGCACUGUUCAAAUUAAUGUUUUUGCAGGUGGGGUGGGGUGGAUAGAGAGGUAAGGAUUUGACAGAAACACAUGGUAAAUGUAAAGCUUUGAAAGUUCCAUUUUAUCAUGUGCUGCCAACAAGCGAUUGCGUUCUGAUGAGACUCUCUAGAACUGGGACGAGCUUGAAGGGAAAACAAGCCAAAGCCAGCACGUCCCAUCUAUAGUGGAAUAUUUUUAUUGUUGUGGUUUGGCUUUCAAAGAUACAGACCCUCAUCUUGAGAUCUACCAAACUAGUUGAUUGCUGCUGCAGGAAAGCUGUUCUGGAAUGGAAAUUACCCUCCUGGGGAGAAAGGAAAGUGUGUUUGCCUGUUGUCUCCAGAGGAAGGCGCAGCCAAGCUUCGGUGGCCAUUUGAGAUGCAAUAACCAUCAUCAGCCUUAAUAAUUUUCUUAAUUUUUAAGUAAAAGAGAUCUCACGAAGCAGACAAACUAAUUGCCUUGUUUGUAGUUCAUAAAUAAUAUCUGGCAAGACACAUGGAGAAUUUGGGCUGCAGGUGAAUGACUAUGAAGAGGAAAUUAAGUUAGAUGGCCAGAAAUAAAGUCUAUAUUCUGGAAUUAGUCACAUUUUCCAAUAAGAUUUAUCUUUUUGUUUGUUGGAAAUGUCUUUAAAAGAACUUAUAAAGUUGCAUGAAGACAGAAAAAUCCCUUUUAAGAAAACUUUUUUUUUUUUUUUUAAAGCAAAGUCUCUAGACCUUGGGAGAGCUUAAAGCUAUUCUGUUCAAGAGAAUCAAAUACUUAAAUGCUACUUAUAUAACUGUAUUUUUUUCUUGGCUUAUAUUCUCUUUACUUUACUCUUGCCUCGGAUCAGAUAUAAUAUGAAAAAGAAAAAUUGUUUUAAAAAUUUCAUUUGGUUGUCUGGAUUUUAUUAUUCAAAGUUUCUUCAUCCUUUUAAAGGAAAAAUAUCAGUGAAGUUCAGAAUCAGCACUUCCUUAUUGGGAAUGGAUGGACUUAUUUUUUUUCUUGUUACUGGAAAUAACAAGGGAAUAAUAAAUUUACCUCAUUUAUGGUCUUCAAAAUGAGGCAUUAUACAUUUGGGUUCUAAGUUUCUGGUUGCCUAAAUAAUACCUUUGAUAUUUACCUUAAAGAUACUCUUAUGAUGGUUCAUUAUUGUUCCCAUACUUCAGAAUUUGUUCAGUUCUUUUCAUUUUCCUACUAGAAAAGUACCUAAAUUGAAUUGUUCCAUUUUUUCCCUCUACAAAAACAAAGUAGAAGAGAAUUAUAGUUUGUUAUAAGAAUUGUCUUUCUCAAAGUAUAGUAAAAUAGAAUAAAUGGACAUGUUACUUUUGA